AUGCAUCCAUAUCAUGGAAGCUUGCCUCCCCUUAGUCCAAGCAAUUCAACAUGCUCUUCAAAGACCUCUUCAAGCAAUUGCAGCACUCUUUCAUCUCCUAAAGAGAAGAUCACAUCCCCAUCUCAUUCAUCAUCGUACAUUACUGCAUCUGCUACAUACUCAUCUUCACCAUCACCAUCAUCAACAACAUCAGGAGUUGCAACUAGCUCUUCUCCAACUACACUCAUCCAACCAUCGUCAACAGCAUCUGUUAAUGCAUCUACAUCUAACACAACACCAGAAACAAUAACAUCCACCCCAAUAAUCUCAAAAGAAACACCCAAACCAACCAUUGAGAUCAGUAAAGUGUCGAAUACUGCUCCGACUACAUCUUCGCCAAUUUCCAAAGAUAAAUUAAAGAGAGCUAGACCUCUUUCUGCAACCAAAAAUCCACUGGUUCAAUCUCUGACAUUGGAAAAAUUUAAAGACGAUUUAGCUAUUGGAAGAAAAUCGAAAUCAAAUAUCAUUUCAGAUAAUUCAGUCAAAGUACCUUACAGCUCUUCACUAACUAGAUCAGGGAAGAACCAUUAA